GUCCCAUGUUGAUGGGUCAAGAAUUUUAUAGAUGGUUGGUAUCCCUUUGAUGGAACCAUCCUAAUGAUCUUUACCUCCAUCUGACUCACAAAGAGCCUAAUUUUCAGGGACCAUUACGUGGCAGUCAAUUUUCUUUCAUUAAAAAAAAAAAAAACAGGACUGAAGAAAAGUCUCAAAACUAAAAGCAAAAAUAAGUGUAAAAACAAUUUCUUACAACCAAGUUCAGAAAAAGGAGCAAGUAAAUUCUAAAGUGGUGGGUGUUUUAAAUUAGUAAACUAUAGAAUAUCCUAAAAUGAUUGAAAUUGAGCUUAAAUUACUAACUAGGAAAUGGGCACUUUCUUACAGGAUUUUCUUACGAGUGAGAGAAGUGGGACCAAUCGUCAUGCUGAAGGGGACAAAGUUACAUCCUUAUACUGAACCCCUUGAUGGAGGAUGGGGAUGGAUGAUAGUGUUUCAUUUUUUUCUGGUGAAUAUGCUUCUAAUGGGAAUGACCAAAAACUUUGCCAUUUUCUUUGUGGUGUUUCAAGAAGAAUUUGACAGCACUUCAGAGCAGAUCGGCUGGAUUGGCUCUUUACUGUCCUCGCUCCGCUUCAUAGCAGGUCCACUGGCUGCCAUAUUCUGUGAAAAAUUUGGAGAGAAAUCUACAUCCAUUUUUGGUGUUCUCCUUAUUUGCACUGGAUACUUGAUCAGCAGCUUGGCCACAGGCAUCUCCUUCCUCUGUGUAUCUAUGGGACUUCUACCAGGUCUGGGCUCUGCUUACAUAUACCAUGCAGCUACUGUGAUAACUGCUAAAUAUUUCAAAAAACGACUGGGUCUUUCAAUAGCUAUUGCUCGUUCAGGGAUGGGGCUGACAUUUCUGCUGGCACCUCUCACAAAAAUUUUGAUUGAUGAAUAUGACUGGCCAGGCGCCCUUCUACUACUUGGAGGGAUCUCAUUAAAUUUAGUACCCUCUACUAUGCUCUUAAGACCCAUCAACCUUAAAAAGGAAAAGCCCAUGACUACCACAAGUCUGGAUGCAGUAAGACCACUGGAAGUUCUAGCCAGCAAUGAUGAAGGGCAGUCUCCCCCUGGAAAGUGCUUAGUCAACAAGGAUGGACAAACUGGUCAAGAGGCAACAAGCUCAGGAUACCAAGAGGAUGACGGAGAGAUCUUUAGCAACAAGCCUCAUUUUGGAGACAAAAAUGCCGUCCCAUGGACCCACCAGCUGCAUCUUGAUUUCUCUCUAAUUAAGAACCCUUUGCUUUACCUAUUCACCUGGUGCUUUCUCUUCAGCCAGCUAGCGUAUUUCGUCCCUACUUUCCAUCUGGUAGCCAGAGCUAAAACUCUGGGAAUCGACACCAUGGAUGCCUCCUAUUUAAUUUCAAUGGCUGGCUUCACAGAGACCAUCCUGCAUCUGCUGUCCGGAUGGGUCGCUGACCAAAAGUGGAUCAAUAACUAUCACUGCUACAAGGCUUACCUCAUCCUCUGUGGCAUCACCAACCUGCUUGCACCUUUAGCCACCACAUUUCCUCUACUCAUGACCUACUCCAUCUUCUUUGCGAUUUUCUGUGGUUCUUAUAUGGCCCUCAUAGUCCCUGUAAUGAUUGAUCUUGCUGGGACUUCUGCACUAAACAAGUUUUUGGGAUUUACUGCCUUUUUUGCUGGAUUGGCUGUUCUUUCUGGACCACCAAUAGCAGGUUGGCUAUAUGAUAGGACGGAGACUUAUGUCUAUUCCUUUAUCUUUUCUGGAACGUGCUUUCUGCUUUCAUCAGUUCCUCUGUUCUUUAUGCCCCUGGCCACAAAAUGGGUAAAGAGGACAACAAAAAGCAGCAAAACAAAAGAUUCAAACAAAAGCCUACAAUCACUAAAGCCUGGAGAAAAACUAGAGAUCCCUGAUUGGCAUUAAGAAAAAAUGAUCACUUUUUAGCCAACAAAGAAGUGAAAACUAAAUUUUCAAUUAAAAUUACAGUUUAACUGAAGUGGUUAAUGUGGACUACUAUUCUCUUACCACCAGAC